AUGGUUCUUAGUGCUUGCUAUGAAAGUAAAAAUGAACCCACCUGUGGAAAAGUAGACAAGAAGUCAUUUUGGACCUCUUUUAAUUCUUUAUUCCUUUUUGUCUUUAGGAGUUGUACAGAUGUUCUGUGCUGCAUAAUCUUCAUACUGUUCAUUAUUGGCUACAUUCUUUUAGGACUUAUGGCCUGGGUACAUGGCGACCCCAGGAGAGUGGCCUAUCCUACAGACAGCAACGGCCACUUUUGUGGCCAGAAGGGCACCCCCAAUGAGAACAAGACCAUUUUGUUUUACUUUAACCUGUUCACCUGUACUAGUCCCUCUGUGCUGGUAAACCUACAGUGCCCUACCACACAGAUCUGUGUUUCCAAGUGCCCAGAAAAAUUUUUAACCUACCUGGAAAUGCAAUUUAUGUACAGAAAUGACAAAAACUACUGGUCAUACUACAGUCAGUUCUGCAAGUCUGCUUUUGCUAAGCCUGCAAAGACUCUCACACAACUUUUACUGGAUGAUGAUUGUCCAACAGCAAUUUUUCCAAGCAGACCUUUUCUCCAGAGAUGUUUCCCUGAAUUCUCUGCUAAAAAUGGCACUUUAACAGUAGGAAAUAAGACAACAUUCGACGAUGGAAGUGGAAAGAAAAGAAAUGCUGUAGAACUCAGAGCAGCUGCAAAUGGUAUCAAUAAAAUCCUUGAUGCAAGGACGAUUGGAAUGAAAGUGUUUGAAGACUAUGCAACGACUUGGUAUUGGAUUCUCAUUGGCCUGACUAUUGCCAUGCUCCUCAGUUGGAUGUUUGUGAUACUCCUGAGGUUCACAGCUGGAUUCCUCUUCUGGAUCUUCAUGUUGGGUGUGAUUGGAAUUAUAGGUUAUGGAAUAUGGCACUGUUACCAGGAAUACAGCAAACUUCAGGAACAGCCAAAUUCUCACUUAAGUAUAUACAACAUCGGGAUUCAGACUGAUUUAAGCAUGUACUUUCAACUGAAACAAACAUGGUUCACAUUUAUGAUAAUACUCAGCAUCCUUGAAGUGACUGUCAUCGUUAUGCUGAUCUUCCUCAGGGAACGAAUCCGCGUCUCCAUUGCCCUGCUGAAGGAAGGGAGCAAAGCCAUUGGAUACAUCCCCAGUACAUUAAUCUAUCCAGUUUUAACCUUCAUUCUCCUCUCAAUCUGCAUUUCCUACUGGGCGGUGACAGCAGUUUACUUGGCUACAUCAGGGGUACCCACAUACAAAGUCAUAGCCCCAGAGGGGCAAUGCGAACAUGAAAAUAAAACCUGUAACCCAGAGAUUUUUAAUACAACUCAAAUUGCCAAAGCUUGCCCUGGAUCUCACUGUAACUUUGCUUCCUAUGGUGGAAAGAGCCUGUACCAUCGAUACAUCACUACUUUCCAGAUAGUCAAUCUAUUUAUCUUUCUCUGGCUUAUAAACUUUAUCGUUGCAUUGGGUCAGUGUACCCUUGCUGGUGCCUUUGCUUCGUAUUACUGGGCCUUGAGAAAACCAGACGACAUCCCACCGUAUCCACUUUUUACUGCAUUUGGAAGAGCCAUACGGUAUCACACAGGAUCCCUAGCAUUUGGAUCUUUAAUUCUUGCAUCAAUUCAAAUGUUUAGAUUGGUCCUGCAAUAUUUGGACAACCGUCUUAAAGAGGCUCAGAACAACUUUUCUAAAUUCCUACAAUGCUGCCUAAAAUGCUGUUUCUGGUGUUUGGAAAAUGUGGUAAAGUUUUUGAACAGAAAUGCCUAUGUUAUGAUUGCAAUAUAUGGCAAAAACUUCUGCAAGUCAGCGAGAGAUGCUUUCAAUCUGCUGAUGAGAAAUGUUUUAAAAGUUGCAGUUAUGGAUAGAGUUACAGAGUUUGUCCUAAUCCUGGGGAAAAUCCUAGUUUCUGGAAGUAUAGGUAUCUUGGCCUUCUUACUCUUCACGCAAAGAAUCCCAAUGAUUCUAGAAGGACCAACAUCUUUAAAUUACUACUGGGUACCUUUGCUGACAGUCAUUAUUGGAUCUUACCUAAUUGCACAUGGGUUCUUCAGCGUCUAUUCAAUGUGUAUUGAUACAAUUUUCAUCUGCUUCUGUGAAGAUCUGGAAAGAAAUGAUGGAUCUACAGAAAAACCCUACUUCAUAGCCCCUACCCUGCACGGAAUUCUGAACAAGAAGCAACUAGUUCCCCAGAAGCAGAAAGAGUAGAAAAGCUCCAAACAGUGCCACUCAUUUUUAAGUAGAAGUUUUGUAAAUUAGGUCACUUGUAAUAUGAAAAUGAUGCUUUUGAGUAAUGUGAAAUUUCUGUGCUUAUUCCUAAAAAGCCAGAACCUGGUACCACCUAAGGUGUCAGGCAUUUGAUGACAGUAGCCUCUGUGAACUAGGAUACUUUAUAGACUGUGGUCCCAGCUGAAGAGCAAGGUGUAAACGUCAAAUGUUUUUUUAAAGUCUA